GGGAUAUAAAAAUGACUCAAUGACCUCAUUGUGUUAAAAAUAUUAAUAACAAUAUAGAAAUGACAUCACGACUAAUAACAGACAGUUUAGCAAAAUUUCCACUUCCACGGAAAAGAUCCACAGGAAACAUCAGGUUUCAUUUACUCAGCCUGUAUGAAAAGUAAUUUUCCCAUACUAUGGAAGUCAAUGGGGACCAUCAACCUUCAAAAUAUUGUAUGUUGUGUUCAGCAAAAGAAAGAAAUUCAUACAGGUUUGGAACAGCUUGAGGUGUUUCCCUUGUUGUGUGUCCAGUCUCUGCUCUGCACACCCUCUCCGCGGGCCUCUGUCCAGCUCGGAUGAUGAUGGAAAGCAGAAGAAUGCAGGAAUGUGGAGGGAGAUGAUAAUCCUGGUUGCUCAUCGCAACAGUACUGGUGACUCAGCUAACCCAUAAGGUAUUUGGAAAAGGAAGACACAUUUGACACAUCGCAGGAGGAACGAGGUGGAGGGGGUGGGAGCUUUUGCUCCUAUUAACCUGGUGUUUACAGUAUAAAACAGGGAAGAAAGCAGCUUCGUAGCCUGGGAGGGACUAACAGAAGUGUGAUCAGUUUCAUUUGCGAUAAACAUUCACAGACCUUUAAAGAGUUAAUAGACUUAUUACUCCAGAACACUGAUUACUCCCACACAUCCAAUAGAUACACAUUAACAUACAUAUACAUUCCUUCUAUUGUAGACUGAGCCUCUGACUAAUAAUGGCAUCCAGAAUUUGUGACAGUGUUCUAGUGACUGGAUCAAACCGUGGAAUUGGACUCGAGUUGGUUCGCCAGUUGGUUGAUUCCCCCUCACCUCCAGUUCAGAUAUUUGCUGGUUGUAGAGACCCAAAUGGACAGAGAUCACAGGAUCUCCAGGAACUAGCUCAGAAGCACCAGGAUGUGAUCACAGUCGUCCAACUUGACACGACUAGUCCUACUAGUAUCACAGAGGCCUCAAAACUGGUGGAAGCCAAGCUGAAGGGUAAAGGCCUGAAUUUGAUCAUCAACAAUGCUGGUGUGAACAUCCCAGGAUCCCUUGCAGAGACAGGAAAACAGGAGAUGGUGGACGUAUACACAGCUAAUGUUGUAGGACCCAUGCUCAUCGCAAAGGAUUUCCAUCCCCUUCUGUGCAAGGCAGCAGCUCAGUUUCCUCUUCAAACAAGCAUGUCUUGCAGUAGGUCGGCUAUCAUCAAUGUCUCCACACUGCUGUCAUCCAUCACCAGAUGCCCUGAGAAUUUCUCUGUGUCUCCAAUGUACCCCUAUCGGGUCAGCAAGGCAGCACUGAACAUGUUAACUCGCUGCUUGGCAGAAGAUUUCAAAAAAGAUGGCAUUCUUGUUAUGUCUCUCCAUCCAGGAUGGGUCCAGACAGAAAUGGGAGGCCCAAAGGCUCCCCUGACGACAGCUGAGAGCAUCAGCGGAAUGAUAAAAGUCAUCACAAGCCUCACCGAGAAAGAAAGUGCAACUCUUUUAGAUUGGGAAGGCAAAAAAAUCCCCUGGUGAUUACACAACUCUUAAGGUUGACAUAUACUUCCACUUCUUUGUCUGCGGCUUGUCUGAAAAAAAUGUUUCUAACAGCUAUACUAGUAGCCUAUGAGACAUGGUAUUUAUUUGGGCUACAGGUUCACAAAAUUUGUAAUACAGCAAUGAAAAAUAUGCCAUCAUAUUGGUGUAAUGCAUGUGCGGAAGAUCUCAAACAUGAAAACAGGUUUUGUAUGCCUGACUUUCCAAAUUAAAUAUUAGCAAUUGUAAUAAAAUUAGCCGUGUGAGACAAUGGGAGAAUGGAUAACUAAAGAAAGGAAGAUGAGGAACAUGUAAAAGAGAGAGCCAAAAAAGAAACAAAGGCCUUCUUCAACUGUGGACAAUAAAAUUAUGUACAAUAACAAAGAAAAACCAAUGGCUGUAAGAGCUUUCCCGCCACUCCAUGUCUGAUCAAUAUUUGGUGAAUAACGUGAUCUUCAAUCAUUCAAAACUACAUGGGUACAGUACGCCCUCUAGUGUUAUAAAAAUAUCUCUAUUUUAGUGAAGUGGUUUUCUGCCUUUUUGACUCUGAGGCCACCCUUUUUUCCAUGACAAUAUUCAAAAUCUCUUCUAUUUAAACUAUUAUGAACCUCUGCUACUUCUGUUGUAAUGUAAAAUGAAUAAACUAAAAACAUCA